AUGAAACAGUUUUCUUUUUUUCAUGUAGCUUUAUUUACAGUUGAAGUUCCUCAACAGCUCUACAUUGCAGAGUAUGGGAACAAUGUGACUAUGGAAUGCAGAUUCCCUGUGAAUGGCUCAGUAAAUCUAGAACUCCUAACUGUUGUUUGGGAGCAGAAAAGGCCAGGCUGGUUGAAAUCAAAAGAGGUGUACACACUCCGCAAUGGGAAGGCAGUCCCUCCAUCCCAACAUCCUGAUUACAUAGGAAGAGCAUCACUUCUGCACAGUGAAUUGAAGCUGGGACGAGCUAUCCUUCAGAUCAUCAGUGUGAAGAUCACAGAUGCGGGAUCAUAUCUUUGUCUCAUUAACUACCGGGGUGUGGACUACAAGUAUAUUACUUUGGAAGUAAAAGCAUCCUACAAGAGAAUAAACACUCAAGUAAUGAGAAAACCAGGUGAAGACAUGUUUGUUUUUAUGUGCCAGUCAGAAGGCUUUCCUCUGGCGGAGGUUUUUUGGCAAAAUGAGAAGAACUUCAAUUUCAGUGGACCUGCAAAUACCACCUAUACACUGACUGCAGAUGGCCUCUACAAUGUCACCAGCAUCCUGACAUUCAAACCAAAUAUGAGUGAGAACUACAGCUGUGUGUUCUGGAAUAAAGAACUGAAUGGAGAAACUUCAGCUCAUAUUUCCACUUCAGCUUUAAUGAGUACACAGUACAGUGGACAAAAAUCCCUGAUGUCAUUUAUCAUCCCCACAUGUGUGACUGUAGCGGUCCUUCUUUCUGCACUAAUAAUAUUUCAGAAGAGAAAAUCAUUCAAGAAUGGGCAAUCCAGAAAAGGCAGAAAAAGAAAACUGAACCCUAACCCGAAAGAUGAGAACAGAGAUGAUUCUAACACUCAAACUGAGGCUUUGUACUUGUCAACUGUCACAGCUUCAAGAGACAGUGAGAUUUGGUUCUGUGAAAACUCUUCAUCUUAUAUGCCAUAAUUUGCACUUCUUGUAUCUGUUUUUGGGGACUUCAAAGGAAAUUACAGCACUUUAGCCUUGGGAUAAACAGUGAACUCAUGGGGAUGUACUUGCACUUCAGCAAUGGAAAGCCAUGCCUCUUCAGAUAUCUUGAAGUUACUGGGAAUUAUGCUGUCAUGAGAUGUGGUUUACCACUGUGAAGAGGUCAUCUGAGUGCCUUUGAUACACUUUACUUUUGGACUUACUGUUGCUCAAGGAAUUUUUGUUUAAGAAUGCCCUUAUUAACUGCUUCAGUCUC